AUGCCUGCCGCGCGUAGCGGUGCUGCAGAUCCCGCUGGCGCUGAUGAUCGAGGACCCGCGCGAGGCGGUUCGGCGGCCUUAGAUGGGCAUGGUGAAUGCUCUCACUACGAGUCUGCCGGCGCUCUCACUUCCGUCGCGCUCUCACUCCCGUCGCGCUCUCACUUCCGUCGCUCUCUCACUCCCAUCGCUCUCUCACUCCUGUCGCUCUCUCACUCCCGUCGCUCUCUCACUCCCGUCGCUCUCUCAAUUCCGUCGCGCACGUCCCUCCCCUCGCUCUCUCACUCCCGUCGCACUCUCACUUCUGUCGCGCUCCCACUCCCGUCGCGCUCUCACUCCCUUCACCCACGCACGACACACACGACAUGCUCACACAUGUUCCCAUCUCUCUCCUAG